AUAGGCGAAUAUUGAAGUCAGUGCUGGAGAUCGGAUUCUGUUUCAUCAUGGAUGACACACAAACAUCCACAGAUGAAGAUUUUUCUCCAGGAUGCAGUUCAGUUCAGCAGAAGAGAUCAGAAGCAGAGUCCAGCUGUGUGUCUAUGAGGAGUGACGCAUCUAUGGAUCAAAUAAUAAAGUUUAAGAGUGGAGAUUCAAAGACUGAUCUCAGUUCAGUUCAGCAGAAGAGAUCAGAACCAGAGACCAGCUGUGUGUCUAUGAGGAGAGAAGCGUCUAUGGAUCAACCAUUAGAUUAUAAGAGUGAAGAUACAACGACUGAUCUCAGGCAUGAAGUCCUCAACACAUUUAGAUCUAAUCUGAUGAAGAAGUUUGAGCGUCUGUAUGAGGGAACAGCGACACAGGGAAACCCAACACUCCUGAAUGAGAUCUACACAGAGCUCUACAUCACACAGAGUGAGAGUGGAGAGAUCAGUAAUGAGCAUGAGGUGAGACAGAUUGAGAGACAAUCCAGGAGAACAGCAACAGAGGACACAGCCAUCAGAUGCAAUGACAUCUUUAGACCUUUACCUGGACAAGACAAAGCCAUCAGAACUGUGCUGACAAAGGGAGUCGCUGGCAUUGGAAAAACAGUCUCUGUGCAGAAGUUCAUCCUGGACUGGGCUGAAGGGAAAGAGAAUCAGGAGGUCCAGCUCAUAUUUCCACUUCCUUUCAGAGAAAUCAACUUGAUAAAGGACAAAACACUCAGUCUUUCAGAUCUUCUUCAUGUUUUUUUCCCUGAAACUAAAGAAAUGGAAAUAUCCAGUGACGAAUAUAAAGUGUUGUUCAUCUUUGAUGGUCUGGAUGAGUGUCGUCUGUCUCUGGACUUUAAGAGCAAAGUGAAAAUGUUUAAUAUAUCUGAAUCAGCCUCAGUGGACGUGCUGCUGAUGAACCUCAUUGUGGGGAAUCUGCUUCCCUCUGCUCUCAUCUGGAUCACCUCCAGACCAGCAGCUGCUGAUCUCGUCCCCUCUGAGUGUGUCCAUCGAGUGACAGAGGUACGAGGCUUCGAUGAGCCACAGAAAGAGGAAUAUUUCAGGAAGAGAAUCAGUGAUCAGAGUCUGGCCAACAGGAUCAUCUCACACCUGAAGUCAUCAAGGAGCCUCUACAUCAUGUGUCACAUCCCAGUGUUCUGCUGGAUCUCAGCCGCUGUUUUAGAGAAGAUGUUGAGUCGAGCAGAGAGUGGAGAGAUUCCCAAGACUCUCACUCAAAUGUACACACACUUCCUGAUCCUUCAGACCAAUAUCAGACGUGAGAAGGACUAUGAGAAGAAGGUGACAGAUGAAGACAUGAUCCUCAAACUGGGAAAAGUGGCUUUUCAGCAGCUUGUGAAAGGCAACCUGAUCUUCUAUGAGGAAGACCUGAGAGAGUGUGGCAUUGAUGUGACAGAAGCAUCAGUGUACUCAGGAUUGUGCACUCAAAUCUUCAGAGAGGAGUUUGGCUUGUAUCAAGGGAAAGUCUUCUGCUUUGUUCAUCUGAGCAUUCAGGAACAUCUAGCAGCUCUAUAUGCACUCCUCUUCUGUACAAACAACAAAAGAAAUGCGUUUGACCAUAUGUCUAACUACUUUCAUGUUUCACUGUCUGAGCUGCAUCAGAGAGCUGUGGAUGAGGCUCUGCGGAGUAAAAAUGGACAUCUGGAUCUUUUCCUGCGGUUUCUUCUGGGUUUGUCAGUGGAUUCUCAUCAGAUUCUUCUACGACACAUAAUGACCCCAACAAGAACCAGCUCUAACAGCAAUGAGAAAACAGUUGAGUACAUCAAGAAGAAGAUCAGGACCAUUGACUCUCCAGAGAAAUCCAUCAAUCUGUUUCACUGUCUGAAUGAACUGUGUGAUCAUUCACUAGUGGAGGAAAUACAGCAGUAUCUGAAAUCUGGCAGAAUAAGUGAAGCCAAACUCUCUUCAUCUCAGUGGUCAGCUGUAGUUUUUGUGCUGUUGACAUCAGAGGAAAAGCUGGACAAGUUUGAUAUUAAUAAAUUUGUUUGUGGAAACGAUAAAACCUUCAAACUGAAAAUUCUUCAGAAGCUGCUACCUGUGAUUAAAGAAUCCAGUUCAGUUCAGUUGAAAUAUUGUGGUCUUAAAGAUGAAGGUUGUGCUGCUCUGGCUUCAGCUCUGAGAUCAAACCCCUCACACCUGACAGAACUGGAUCUGUCUGGGAAUAAAAUAGGAAAUUCAGUGAAUCAGCUCUUUUCUGCACUGGAGGAUUCUCACUGUAAACUGGAGAUACUAUGGUUGAGUGAUUGUGGCAUCACAGAUGAAGGUUGUGCUGCUUUGACUUCAGCUCUGAGAUCAAACCCCUCACACCUGAGACAACUGAAUCUGUCUUGGAAUAAAUUAGGAGAUUCUGGAAUCAGGAUGCUAUUUGCUGUGCUGGAGGAUCCUCACUGUAAACUGGAGAUACUGUGGUUGAGUGAUUGUGGCAUCACAGAUAAAGGUUGUGAUGCUCUGACUUCAGCUCUGAGAUCAAACCCCUCACACCUGACAGAACUGGAUCUGACUGAGAAUAAACUAGAAGAUUUGGGUUUGAAGCAUCUUUGUGCUGGACUGAAGAAUCCUCACUGUAAACUGGAGAUACUGCGGUUGAGGGAUUGUGGCAUCACAGAUGAAGGUUGUGCUGCUCUGGCUUCAGCUCUGAGAUCAAACCCCUCACACCUGAGACACCUGGAUCUGGCUGAGAAUAAAAUAGGAGAUGCUGGACUCACACUGCUCUCUGCUAUACUGAAGGAUCCUGUAAACUGUAAACUGGAUACACUGCGGUUGAAGGAUUGUGGCGUCACAGAUAAAGGUUGUGCUGCUCUGGCUUCAGCUCUGAGAUCAAACCCCUCACACCUGAGACAACUGGAUCUGGCUGUCAAUAAAAUAGGAGAUUUGGGUGUGAAGCAUCUCUGUGCUGGACUGGAGGAUCUUCACUGUAAACUGGAGAUACUGCGGUUGAGGGAUUGUGGUGUCACAGAUGAAGGUUGUGCUGCUCUGACUUCAGCUCUGAGAUCAAACCCCUCACACCUGAAACAACUGAAUCUGACUGGGAAUAAACUACGAAAAUCAGGAGUGAAGUUAGUUGAUCUGAGAGAUGAUCCACAUUAUAAACUGCAGACAGUAUAUAUUGACUCUCAGUAUUUAGACGUCAGUCCAGAUUCCUCAGAUGAAAAUGAAUUUUGCAGUUGGGAACGGUUAAUAAAUUAGCCCUGUUAUCUCUCGUCGCCACCUAAGCCCUGUGAUGUUUUCCCUAAAGCCCCUUAUCUUUUUUUGAAGAUGGACUAUUCACUUCACAAUUGGUUCUCCAAGUACUAGAAAUCCAUCUGUCUGCAAUAAAAAAGAAGUUUGCGCAGCUUGCUGUGGUAGAUUACCGCUUACCUUAUGUGUUCAUUCCACUAAACACAGCUUUGAAGCCCUCGUUUGAUGCUUUUUGAUAUUUAAAUAAAUAGCCAGAUCACAAACAGAUUCAAUGACACAACAUUGUUCCUAAAUGACAAGAUUCAGCUAUAUGCCUGUUAAAGCCUUGAAUCACACUGUAACAUUCAAAUCUACAUUUGUGCUGCCGCUGACCAGAGAGAACAGUUAAUGCGUAAGAAAUGAUACAAAAGACUUUUGUAAAGAUGUUUCAGUGUUACAAACAUUUAGAUAAUCACAGAUUCACAGAAGUUUAGAGUUCGGAUGUGAACACUUUGGUCUACAGUAGCGAUCAAAAUAGAAUAAAUCACCUUAUUGAAAGUGACUUCACGCUUCUAAUAAAGAUUGUAUCAAUUACAACAACACCAACAGGUCCACACUUCCCAAUCUUAAUUAAAUCCUCAUUAUUGUUAUUAUUAUUAUUAUUAUUGUUGUUAUUAUUGUACUAGUUAUAUCUGUCAUCAAUUGUUAGAUGCUCUUUGAUUUGUAUACUACGUUCCCCACAACUAGAUACAAUGACAUACACAAAUGCUCACAGGCACAUGAAUAUAUAUACAGGAGUUAUGAGAAUUGACUUGUAAU